GUGGAGAUGGCAGAGCUUGAACGUGUGUUGCUGCCGCAACCAAGACAGAACCAGUCUAUGCGCCAGAAGAUAUACGUGCUGUGUGGCAGCGGUGGGACAGGCAAGACACAAUUAGCGGUGGAGUUUGCAUGGCGAUACCACCACCAUUUUACUUCAGUGUUCUGGCUGGAUGGAUGCAGCGAGGAUACCCUUAAGCGCAGCAUUGCAAGCUGCACGGGCAGGAUUCCCCAAGGCCAAAUACCCGAGACAAGUAGGGGGUAUGCGACAGGCAGCAGUGUUGACAUCGAUGUGGUGGUGAAGGACGUUAUAGCCUGGCUUGCACAGCCUGAUAACACCGCCUGGCUGCUUAUCUUCGAUAACGUCAACCGAGAUUAUAUGUACGACAGGAAGCGCUAUCUACCAGGUGCAGACCAUGGGUCAGUGCUAGUGACAACUCGACAAGCACCGCUGAAGCAGCUGGGCGAGUCGCAGUGUCUAGGCAAAGUCUCUUCAAAACAAGGACAAGCUAUCUUAAAGACCUGGUACAAAGGCGAGCAGGACACAACUGAGAGCGCGGUGCUAGUAGCACAGCUAGAUCGCUCACCACUUGUCAUUGUGCAGGCGGGCGCGUACCUGCAACAGAGUGGAGUGAAACCACAGACGUACCUAGAGCUCUAUGAACAGAGAUGGAACGCAUCAAUAAUCUCAAACAACCUAGCUGACGUGCAGCUCAGCUUUUUGGAGCGCAGGGUGUGGAUAACGUCGGCCAUCUCGUACGAGGCAAUCCGCUAUAGACACAGAGCCACGGCUAACCUGCUGCUACUAUGGUCUUUCCUUGAUAACAAAGACUUGUGGCAUGGCUUAUUUGCUGCGACAUGUAAUAGGUCUACUGAAGCUGCUGCGAUGCUAUCAAGGUGGCUGGGAGACAUUGCGAGCAGCGAGACCGAGUUUAACGUAGCCAUGCAACUACUGUGUAGCUACGCACUAGUUGAAGAAGUGAAAGAGACAGCAGGAAAGAUAAGCUAUACAGCAUGUCCGUUGGUGCAUCAUUGGACGUAUCACUCGCAAGGCAAACGCUUCGAAAAAGAGCUAGGACGCCUAGCAGUAGUUGCUGUUGGUUGGGCUGUGCCGGAAAGCUCUACCGGAGACUACGAUACCCUGCGACGACUUCUUCCACACGUAAAGGCAUGCUCUGAUCACAUGAAAAAGAAUGAGAUAGCUUGGCAUGAGAGAGCUGAGGGAGGUAGUGAUGGAAAGAAGGAGGAGGAUAAAGAGCAAAAGACGGUCCUUGAUGCUAUGCAUUUCGUACACGAUCUCUUAUUCAACCAAGGCAACCUAGGCACGGCAAAGCAGAUUUACGAGCUGCGAAGUGACUCGUACCAUGUAGGAAAGUUUUCUUUUGGGGGUCUUUUGUUCAGCGGCAAAUCGAUGGGAGCCCGGGUGAGGUAUUCAAAAACUACCAAAGCAAAACAACCCCAGGACGAAAUCGACGAUCGGCUUUUGUUGGAUGACUAGGCCCAUUUUUUCCACAACUUCUUUCUCCUAGGCUUACAUUGUUAACUAGACAAGCAGUCUACCAGCGGAUUGGUAGUUGGGUAGGAUCAUCAGCGAAUCCCUGCUGUUGC